CGGGGAGACGGAGGGCGCGGGGCCGUGGUGGCCGCGGAGCUGCCCUGCCGAGCCGAGCGGAGGAGGAAGCCUGGACUAGCGGGGCCGGAGGGCCUGGCUUCAGUACCCGGCGGAACGCGGCGGUCAACGGGGAGGGCCGAGGCCGGCGGCUCCGGGGCCAGCCGCCAUGUCCUCCACCGUGAACAACGGGGCGGCCAGCGUGCCGUCCCCGCCAGACGCGGCGAACGGCUUCCCGCAGCCGGGCGCCUCCUCCGGGGCCUGGCCGCGGGCGGAGGAGGAGCUGCGCGCCGCCGAGCCGGGCCUGGUGAAGCGCGCGCACCGCGAGAUCCUGGACCACGAACGCAAGCGGCGCGUGGAGCUCAAGUGCAUGGAGCUGCAGGAGAUGAUGGAGGAGCAAGGGUACUCAGAGGAGGAGACCCGGCAGAAGGUCAGGACUUUCCGGCAGAUGCUGAUGGAGAAGGAGGGAAUGCUCACCAGGGAAGACCGGCCUGGGGGCCACAUCGUGGCGGAGACCCCGCGGCUGCUCGAGGGCGCGGAGCCCGGCCUGGAGUACGCGCCCUUGGACGAGGACGACGGCCCGGUGGACUGCGACUGCCCGGCCGCCUGCUACCGCGGGCACCGGGGGUACAGGACCAAGCACUGGUCCAGCAGCUCGGCGUCGCCCCCUCCCAAAAAGAAGAAGAAAAAGAAAGGCGGCCACCGGAGAAGCCGCAAAAAGAGGAGACUGGACUCCGAGUGCAGCUGUGGGAGCUCCUCACCCCUGCGCAAGAAGAAGAAGAGUGUGAAGAAGCACCGCAGAGACAGGUCUGAUUCCGGAUCCCGGAGGAAGAGACGACACAGAUCCCGAAGCCCCAAGAGCAAAAGAAAAGAGAAGAACAAAGAGAGGAAGAGGCCACACGCAGAGUCCCCAGGUCGGAGGUCCAAUCGCCACAGCAGCGGCAGCUCCCAGAGCCCCUCCCUCUCCUCCCAUUACAGCGAUUCCAGAUCACCCAGCAGGCUGAGCCCCAAGCACCGAGAUGACGGGCGGAAGACGGGCAGCCAGCGAUCCAGCGGGAGCCGGUCGCCUUCCCCGUCUGGCGGCAGCGGAUGGGGGUCGCCCCAGCAGAACGGCGGCAACAGACAGCGGAGCGGAGCGCACGGGGGCCGCCCCGGCUCGGCGCACAGCCCGCCAGAUAAUUUUGCUUUUGUGUGUGUUACUGUGGGGGCCUCUCCUCCUAACGCAGAGAUGGGUUUGGAAUCUCAAGUGAACAUUAAUCGUAUACAUCUUUCUAUCUACUUAUUCUUUUAUCCUUUGCCGCGCUCGUGGAGCUCCAGCCGCUCGCCCUCCAAGUCCCGCUCGCGCUCCGCGGAGAAGAGGACCCGCAGCCCCAGCCGCUCGCCGUCGCCCAAGAAACCCCUGGGCCGGGACAAGGACGGCGAGGGCCGCGCGAGGCACGCCGAGGCCGAGGCCGCCCGCGCCCGGCGCCGCUCCCGCAGCUACUCGCCCAUCCGCAAGCGGCGCCGGGACUCGCCCAGCUUCAUGGAGCCGCGGCGCAUCACCAGCGCCCGAAAGCGUCCUAUCCCCUACUACCGGCCCAGCCCCUCAUCCUCCUCCAGCUGCCUGAGCAGCGAGUACUCAAGCCGGAGCCCCAGCCGCAGCCCCAGCCCAGGCCACAGCCACGGAAGCUACAGCAGCCGCAGCCGUGGGACCCGCAGCCGCAGCCACACGCGCAGCCCCUCCCGGACCCCCAGUCCCAGCUACCACAGCCGAAGCAGCUCAGAGAGUGGGGGCUUCUGAGCCCAGACAGACCCAGCUUGGUGCCCCCUGGAAUAGGGAAAGGCGAGGGGUCAGGGCCCAGGACCUGUGAGGGGGCCUGCACACCACUGCUACAAAGAGGUCCCCGGGCCAGGGAAGACCUUGAGGGUGGGUGUCCUGCAGACGAGGAGAAG